UGAAGAACGGCGGGUAGCGCGCCCAGCGUGGAUGGUGUUGCGCGGGUGUGAGGUAUGGCGGCGCGGUGUGGGGGGAGGGCGGGGCGCGUGCGUCGGUGAGAUUGGCGCACGGCGUGAUGCGGUCGGCGCUUUACGCAGCAUGGUGCAUUUAUGCGGCUUGGUUCGCGGUGUUCGCGGCGACCACUGCUGGUCGCGAGCUCCGCGUGCUACAAGCGGACGCGCGCGCCGCUUUCUACUUAGGCAUCGCUGCGCCUCCCUCGGCCUCCGCCGUCGUGCGCGCGUUCAACCGAUCUCUCGCGGAAGUUGCACAGACGCACCUGGCCGCCGACUACCCGCUUUACCUGCGCAACAUUUCACUACUCCCCCUUUACAUCGAGUUGCCAGAAGAUGAAAGGUUCAAUACCCGUGUUCUGGAGCGUACAUGCUCAACACUGGAAGAUCGACGCGUCGCCGCCUUGCUGGUCUGCGGGGGCGGAUCUGCUGCAGCGGCAGUGGUGACGGCGGCAACUAGAGCUGGCGUUCCCGUACUCCGCACUACUCCUUCGCAUCUGCAUCUCGCCUACACUAUAGCUAACGAUAUGCUACCCCUAGAAAUAAGACUCGAAAUUACUGCGCGGGAAACUUUGCAAGCACUCAGAGCAACUUUAUUACAUACACACUGGCAUACGUUUACAUUAUUAGCCGAAGAAGAUAUACAUUCUACAUUGUUUCUUCGAAAAGAUCUUUUUCCUAUUUUGUCGGCUCAGCCAUUAAACCCGAAAUGGCUUACGCUUCCUUCAAAAUAUUCACGACAUAUAAUUUUCAGGAGACUAGCAGAAAUUUCAAGGCUUACCAGAGGCAUUGUUGUUCUGAUAUGCGACAUCCAUUACGCUAAGCUCGUUAUAGAUGAAGCUAAACGCCUUAACAUGCUUGAUGGACAUUUUUUCUGGCUUUGGAUUGAUGCUUCAAAAGAUUUUGAUGUUUUUCACAACAUCAACGAUAAAACUCAAUUUGUUGAGGAUGACAUUGCUGAGUUUGAAAAUAUGAAAGAUGGGAGUGAAAAAUUUGCUAAAGACAGCUUUGUUCGCAAUAAGCGCAAUGAUGUAGACAAUAAUACAGUAAAGUAUUUAACGGAUUACCGACCACCUGCGAUGGUGAUGGAUAAAAUUAGCAAUAUAGCUGUAAAUUUAAGUAAAAAUAAUAUAAAUAAUAAUUCAAUAAGUCCAAAUUUAAGUAAUCGUGUCAGAACAAAUACGGAAAUGUUCAGAACGCACAGUGUUAAAAGUAAAUCGUUAAGUAAGAGUUUUAGUCAACCGUAUGAUAGUGAUAGUCAUAUUAUUGGAGAAAGUGAUAGAAUUGUAUAUAAAAAAGGCGUUGAAACUUCUAAAAUAGAAAACAUUUUUACUACGAAGGAUAGAGAAACCUUCAGUAGGAAUUAUAGUAAACGUGUUAGUAAUAAAAAAAUGAGAAACGAAUCUUUUAAUAAGUAUGUAAAUAGUAUACAUUUGAAUGAUACACCUAAUACAAACAACGUAUUAAUCGAAAAGGAUAUAAGUAGUGUUAGCAAUGAUAAAAAUUUAGAUAUAAAAGAAAACAAUAUAUUAUUAAGUGAUUUCCUAAUGAAUCCCACGGUGCAUGAGUCUUCGGGAGAUAAGCUUAGAGAUCCAAUUGAGAAAAGAAGUGAAAAACUGUUUACGGAGAAAUUUAGAAGUACUGAAGAAAGCCAUGGAAUAAAAAAUGCAACUUUAAUUUUCAACAGUCUUCCCGUAGGACUUCUGGCUUUGCAUCCACAGCCGAUGAAAAUAGAUCGUGUAUAUAUUCGUGCAGCGGUAAGAUUAAUGGUUGGAGCAUUACGUCGUGUUUUGCACGCUUGCGACGCUUGGUCUGCACAAGCACAGUUCUUCAGUGACGCAACAGCAUCAUGCUGGGAUGAGCCGAGUGAUGUAGCUGCAGAUUUUUCAUUGGAAUUUGUAAGAGAGACAAGAUUAGCAACAGAAGCUGUCUUAUCAGGUGGUACAGAAAGGCGGGAAAGUGCACUCAUGGCCAAAUUUGCAUUUCUAAACCUAGUUCAAGGCACAGAUGGUAAUAAUAUUUGGAGGCAAGUUGGGCAAGUAGAGGGUCGUAAUGUUCGACUUCAUACGAUAGUUUGGCCGGGUGGAAGAUUUGUUGCACAUGGACAUUCUGAUGGAGCAAGAACAAUAUUUCGUAUUGUCACGGCUCUUGCACCGCCUUUUGUAAUGGAAGGAGAAUUAGAUGAAGACGGUCAAUGUCUAAGAGGAUUAUUGUGUCAUCGACCGCAAACGUCAGAUCGUGAUAAUCUAACCCUUGCAUUCAAUGAAUUAGAAAGGGACACUGAUCCGGAGCCUGAUGAUUUUUUCUUUCCAACACCUAAACCAACUGUAACAAAAAUGGCCACACAUUGUUGUUACGGCUUAGCCAUGGAUCUUUUAGAAAAUAUUGCACAAGAACUUGAAUUUGAUUUCCAUUUAUACAUUGUGGAAGACGGUGCCUACGGAUCAAGACAACUUGUAAAAACUUUUCGCAGUUUCCACGAAUAUACUAGACCUACAGACAAAUAUAUGACUUUGCACGAUGAAAACUACAGGUCACAAUAUAGAAACGAUUACACUAUCUUACAACAGACGUCUGAGAUACCGUUAAUUUCCGAUGACCUCGAAGAUGAGGACGUAAUGAAAUGGAAUGGGGUUGUAGGAGAUUUAGUUUCUGGAGCUGCGCAUAUGUCCUUUGCUGCCUUAAGCGUCUCUUCAGCUAGAGCUGAAGUUAUCGAUUUUAGUCAACCUUAUUUUUUUAGCGGUAUUUCCGUAUUGGCAGCUCCAAAUCAAAGACCAGAUAUACCUUUACUAGCUUUUCUUUUGCCCUUUUCGCCGGAGUUGUGGAUUGCAAUAUUUACAUCGUUAAAUGUGACUGCGAUUGCCGUUGCAAUAUAUGAAUGGUUGUCACCAUUUGGACUGAAUCCGUGGGGUCGUCAGAGAUCAAAGAAUUUUAGUAUUUCCAGUGCUCUGUGGGUGAUGUGGGGGCUCCUGUGUGGGCAUUUGGUAGCAUUUAAAGCACCCAAAAGUUGGCCUAAUAAGUUUCUUAUCAACGUCUGGGGUGGAUUUUCUGUAAUAUUUGUUGCAAGUUAUACUGCAAACAUAGCUGCACUUAUAGCUGGAUUAUUUUUUCAUAACGCUGUCGAUGAUUUUCAAGGAGGUGAUAAUUGGCUUUCGCUUAAAGUGGGGACCGCAAGAUCAUCCGUAGCUGAAUAUUAUGUUCAAAGAAAUAAUCCGCAUUUGGCCCAGCAGAUGCGUCGCUAUGCCCUUCAGGAUAUCGAAGAGGGUAUUCAACGGCUUAGAAAUGGAACACUAGAUCUCUUGAUAUCAGACACUCCUGUUUUGGAUUACUAUAGAGCAACCGAUCAUGGAUGUAAGCUUCAACGUGUGGGCGGUCGUACUCUGGCAGAAGAUACCUAUGCUAUUGGCAUGACAAAAGGAUUUCCAUUGAAGGACAGUAUAUCUUCAGUUAUAGCUAAGUAUUCGUCGAAUGGAUAUAUGGACAUAUUAACUGAAAAAUGGUACGGCGGUCUACCUUGUUUUAAACUCAGCCCAGAUUAUGGCAUUCAACCGAAACCUUUAGGUGUGGCGGCUGUGGCUGGUGUUUUUAUUCUUCUUGGAGUAGGAAUGAUCGUUGGAAUUAUCAUUUUGAUUUUCGAACAUCUGUUUUAUAAAUACACUUUACCUAUAUUAAGGCAUCAACCGAAAGGAACAAUCUGGAGGAGCAGGAACAUUAUGUUUUUCAGUCAGAAACUAUACCGAUUUAUCAAUUGUGUUGAAUUGGUAUCGCCGCACCAUGCCGCCCGAGAAUUAGUCAAUACAAUACGCCAAGGUCAUUUCACUUCUCUGUUCCAAAAGAGCGUUAAAAGGAAGGAACAUGAACAGCGCAGGCGUCGUAAGAGUAAAGCGCAAUUGUACGAAAUGAUUCAAGCGAUUAGAAGAGUACAACAACGGGAUCACUCUUUGGGGUCUAUUAAAGAACAAGAGCCAGUUGAUACAUCUGAGACAACAGAAGAAUUAACUGAAUCAAAGUUUUUAUCCCCGUCACCCGACACAUCGCACCGUUCACCAAGACAAGGUCGUUCACCUCGACAGCUUCGUUCGCCUAAAGGUCGUCGAAAAAGAUGCAGUCUCGCAGGAUUAAACGUUAGGAGAUUUAGUACCGAUUCAGUGUUGGGUUCAGAUUCUGUUUCCAAUAUUUAUGAGAGAACUUGCCACAACAUAGGCAGACGACUUAGUCGAGAUGUCAGCUGCUUAACAAAUUCCCCUCCAGAUUUAAACACCCGACUGCGAACACCGUCUCCGAUGAUAAGACGGACCGAAGCUUCUUCAACCCGUUCUUACCAAGACGUAUCUUUAAGAUCCGAAAAUUAUGUUAGCACAGAUGCUCCAACGUCUCGAGCGAGUAUAGAUAUUUUAAUUUCUGAUGAACAUGAUAUACCUCCUGCGCCACCAUAUCCUAGAGUUUCUCCGGCGGGAGCUCGAUCCGAACUUUCCUUACUAUCUGAAGAAGAGUUGAUUAGACUUUGGCGAAGUUCAGAACGCGAAGUCAGAGAGGCUUUAUUAGCAGCACUACAAGAACGACGGGCGAACUUAGAUCCCAAAGAAGAUCCGGGAUGAAUAGAAUUAUCUAUGCGAGACUUGGAAUGGUACAGAUCUGUAGAGGAUUUAUUUGUGAAUCUCAUAGCUUUUCGAUUUGAGGGAAGUAACGAGUUAUGGAUAUGUGCCCGUGGGGGCUGAGCUAGUGCCUUUUUAUAUUGUUUGAUGCGGACACGCCAAUUAGCGUUUGUAGAUUAGUAGAUAGUCAAUCGGUGUUCAUUUCAGUGUCUUGAAUCGUUGUCGUGUUUGAGAUAUCUACAUUUUGUUGUUAUUUCAGUAUUUUAUCUGCGUCAAACAAUUUAAACUAUGGUACUGGAGAAUUAACUUUUUUGGGGUCGUUAACGUCCAGACUAGGUUGUAGUUAAAUUUGGCACUAUAAAUAAUGUUACUGAUAAAACUUAUUACAAAGUGAAUAAUAGCUAUGAUCAGAAAAUUUGAAGUGCUUUAAUAAUAAUUAGUACUAAUUAUAUCUAAAGGAAUACGUUUUUAUAGUUUGUCAACUAAACUUGUAGGUGUUAAUAAAUUGAUAUGUGUGUUUUUAUAUUUAUGAGUUAUGUUUAGUUCUUGGGUUAUACCGAGAAAAUUCUUCAUGAUAAUUGUAUGGUAUUUAUAUAACUCAAAAGAUAAUUAUAUAUUAUGAAAUUGAAAAAAAAGCACGUUCAUGUCUUAUUUAGUUCGACUAAAACGUAUUUAUCAAAGUUAAACUCCUUGCUCGUAUUUAAAUUUAAUUAUUUGAAUAAUGAAAGGCUAUUGAUAAUGAUUAUUGGUGACAACGCGAAUUAAUAAAUGUUUAAACUUCAAGGUUCUAAUAGUAUUCAUUCCUCCAAUAUUCUAUAAUAUCUAUUUUAUAAUGUGAAAAUGAUAAAGUUUCAAAAUAACAUAUUUGAUGUUAAUAUAUUAACAUAACUUAGCUGAAAUAUAAUUAACUGCCAAGCGUAUUUAAAAAUAUUUCCUGACUAGAAAUUCAACACUUCUUCUUAGAUUCGCACCUCGUAGUUUUUAGUUUAGUCUUUUUCCCUUUUUCUAUAAAUAUACUUACUAUAAGUACUUAAUCAUUUAAACUGCUAAGUCUUAAUCCUCUUUUCAUCCUUUCAAACACUAUACAUAACUAAUUCAUUCUAAUUUCUAUUUUGAUUUAAUAUUAUGUAUUCAUUCAUUGUUAAUAUAAAACAAUAUAAUAUAUAGUUACUUUUACUUUUUGUGUAGGAUUGAGUGCAAUAAAGGCCUACAUAUGAAAUAAUAGAUUUUAUUUCAAUUUAGAUUUACUAUAGCGUGUGUUUUAAUAACUUUUUUAUGAUUUAUAUUUUUAAAGCAAACAAAACGAUUUCGUAAUCUCAGAACAGGUUAUUGAAGCAAUUUGAAUUAUUAAAAUUUGGACCAAAAUUUGUUUUAUGAAUUUAGGUUAAAUGAAUUUUAAUUAUAUGAAAAAAAAUUUAGAUAAAAUCUAUUGGAUGUGAUUCAUCUAGUGAUAUACAAAGUCUUAUGCAUUUCUCUCUUUAGAGUAGUAGGCGUCUACAAAAUGAAAAUUAUAAAAUUGAUUUAUCUAGAUAAAAAUAGGAAUAAAGAUACAUAAUCUAAGGGUUAUUAUUAUUAUCACGUAAACAAAAUAAGUUGCCUUGGAACAAUUAAUUCAGAUUGGUUGAUAUUAUAAUGAAACUGAUACUAGUACGAGUAUUGUGCUCUUAAUUAUUGUUUGGUUUCAUACAUAUAUAGGGCGCAAAAAAACUUUUGGAUUCAACUAAGUAGUUAGUUAUAUUUUUGGUUACUGUAAUUUUAUAUCAAUGCUAAUUGAAAUUCGUGAUCACAUUUAAUUCACCGUUUUCAAUUUGAUGUUUUGGUCAGAAAAUAAUUAUACACAAAUAAAAAAAAAAUGAUAGUAACAAACAUGAAGUAUUCUAGUUAUAAAUAUAUGUUGAUGUAAGUUGAUGAUACAAAUAUACCUAUUAAAAAAAGUUCAACACUAAAUGUAGGUACCGAAGCUAGGACUUCAUUCAAGAACAAGUACAUUUUGACAGUGAACACCAAAUAUCUUCAACAAAGAUACUGAUACCUACCGAGAAGCAAAUACGUACUGGCAAUAAAAAUAUCCUAAGGAUAGUUUUGAAUCUCGUUUGGUUUUGAAAGCCUUGAAUAAAUGUCCAAUGCAAAGGUAUAGCACGACGCUUUCACUUCGGUAAUUUGAAAGUACAGAGGCUUUGUUUAGGCGCUGCUCACUGGUGAAACUAAUCACGACGAAAUAUUUAUGACUAGAUUGGAAAGGCAGUUGGUGUUCAUUUAGUUGGUAUAUUUUGAGAUUUAAUUAUUGUAGCUAGAAGUUGAAGCAAUUAUUACCUAAAAACUUAUGAUUGAUAAUCGCGUCUGAGAUACACUUUGUCUUCGUAUUUUCAAGUCACCAAUUAAUUUCCUUGGAAAUAGUCAGUUAAUCGAUUAAUCAAUAAAUAUCUUGUAGUAAGUGAUUGUAAAUAAAUUUAUUAAUGUUUUAAAUGAAACGCCAAUUUUAAUGUUAGUAAUUUAUUAGAAAAUAGCAUUAGUUCGUAAAUUUUAAUGUAUUUAACGUGAAUGAAUUGAUAUUUAGAUGCAAUACGUUUGCAUAAGAUAAGGCGGUGUCAAAAAUUAUGUGUGGGACAGCAUUGGAAAUGUUCAAUUGUUGGUUUUCACCUUGAAUUGUAUGUAUGUACCAAUGUUUCCAUUGUUUUCAAAUUUAAACUCAUACCUAAAUCAUUCCUGUGAUUUUUAACUCAAUUAAUAAAGUACACAAUUUUAACAAUGGAUGUCCUACUUUAACUUUAAACAAUUAAAUAGAUGAAUAAAUAAAA